AUGACGGAUCGUAACCAACAAAAUUGUCUGUCUUGCAGUACACUAUCACCUGAGUAUUGCUUUAUGCAUAGAAUGGACGUCAUGUCACAGAAAUGUCUAUCAAUUAAUCCACUUCACAACGGACAAAUUUAUCCUACAUUGAAAUCUAAUUUAUAUCCAACCUUACCAUCUCAUGAGGGUAACAUGGACAACGUCAGGAUUGUUGUUGGAGCUCUAGAUAAGAAAUCAGCAAAUCUGUCUGCCAGCAAGAAAUCCAAAACGCCGGUCCCAAAUGAUCGCAAAGAUGACAAAUAUUGGGACAAAAGGAAACGAAAUAAUGAAUCGGCUAAACGCUCUCGCGAAGCAAGAAAGUUAAAAGAUAACCAAGUUGCCUCACGUGCUACUUGGUUAGAAGAAGAAAAUGUUAAAAUAAAAGCAGAAAAUGCCGCUUUACGUGAAGAAUUAGCUUGUUGGCGUUAUUACUUUAGUCAGCCUUUUUCAGCUCAGUCCAAUCCUAAGCCUAUUUCUGGUAUACCGCUGAAACCUUAUCUAUUUUAA